AUGGUUUCUUCGGAUGAAGAGACUAGUCGGAGACGAAGUAGAAGGUUGGUGAUUGCUGGGGAAAUCGGAAAUGUUAUAUUGAUCGGGGUAUUGUACCUACAUGCAUUAUUAUGGCUGAAUACUCUCAACUGUGAAACUUCGGAAUUCAAAUCUUCCCCAGUUCGAAUCAAACGAGAUACGAAACAAUUGCCAGUGGACCUGGAAGAUUACACAAUUAUUAUUGGUCAAGAUACUAUUAUUCCUAAAAAUGUUCUCGAUCGCUCUUGCUCUCAAGUUCAUCAAUAUUGUUCUGAGAAAAGCCAGAGGCUCACUGGAUUCCCGGGAGCCAGAGGUUCCCCAGGUGACCAGGGUCCAGUUGGACCACCCGGGCGUCGUGGUCCAAUGGGUAUAGUUGGUCCGAUAGGUUUAGUCGGAGAACAUGGAAGUGUUGGUGAAGCUGGAAGGGAUGGCAAAUGUAAUUGUCCGUUCCCUGAUAUGUAUGUCCAAAGAGUUCCAAUCCCAGGACCACCGGUUAUCAAGAUCGAAGAAAAGAUGGUUCCUGUUCCAGUAGUUGUUGUGAAGGAAAUCGAGGUCACUAAACUUGUUCCAUUCGAACCCACACCACCUGGAUUCGGACCACCAGAAGGAUGGGCACCUGGAAUGCCGAAACCAGGAAGAACUAGGAAAUUGCCAAGAUAUUCUACAGUAAGACCACCCCCAACACCAAAAAAGAAGACAACUCAACCACCGAUUCAUGUUGUGCCAACAGAAAAGAACCUCACGAUGGAUGAAUGGAAUGCUGAGAUGAACAUCAGUACGCCAAGACCUUAUAUGGGUCCACCUACUUUGGGGUACAAUCGGAAAGAAUGCAUUCUUGCUGCUGUGGGAAUCCCGGUUCUUCACGCUGAAUCCCAAUACGGUCGUGUCGGUUCCUGGAUGCGUGAUGCUCUGCCGAAUUCAAUGAAAACUGCAAAAAGACGUUGGGUAACUGAUGGAUUCGCGAGCCCCGUGCUUUAUGAAUACGAAGAUGAGAGACAACUUUUGGACAAAGUUCAAAAAAUCAAGUACUAUGUGGAUUACCUGGCAUCUGGAACUGGAAAUGUUGUCUACAAUGGGAGUUAUUAUUAUCAUAAGCAUGGUACAACAAGUCUAGUUCGAUAUGAGUUGGAGACUGGAGUACAGGUGGAGGCCGAGUUGGAUCCAGAUAUGUCACACGUGGAUUGUGGCAGACUGCCAGAUCAUACUUUCGAAGAAUGCAAUGCAACUGAUAGACAUGUUUGGUUGUAUGACAGACCACACAACUACGUGGAUUUCGCUGUGGACGAGAACGGUUUGUGGGUGAUCUACGCCGGCGCAGACUCUGAAACCAUGAAAAUGGCAAAGUUGGAACCAGAUUUAUAUGUGGUCAGUCGAUGGGAUGUGGAAGUGAAUACAACUGAUAUUGCUGAUUCAUUUAUAAUGUGUGGAGUAUGGUAUGGCCUGAAAAGUGCUUAUAAUCUACAGACACAGAUCACACACGCUUUCGAUUUGUACAGAAACGAUACAAUCCCUGGACAAGUUGAAUGGUACAAUCCGUAUCAAGGGCUUACAAUGCUUCACUACAAUCCAUUGGAUGCCAGACUCUACUUCUUCGAUAACAGUAGUCUUUUGUCGGUUAAUGUCAGAAUUGAGGAAGACUUGCCAGAGUAUAUUGAUGAAUAA